CCUCAGACUGGGCCUGAGGGAAGAGAUUGACUCCAAAACGGCGGCUGGCACCACCCCUGGUGUCACUGUUGGUGGUGAUAGCACUGGUAUUUCUUGGUGCUUUGAAAUCUUUAUUCCCACUGUCAAAAUCAUAACUUCGCCUUAAUAAUUCUGUUUCUAAUGGACAGUCUUGAGACACAGCGUGUGUGCCAUUGACAACACCCACACGAAUGAUGUGUGUUUCAUGAUUGUGUAGAGCUCAAUGUUGGAGACACUGGACAGCACAGACAGUACUGACGCUCGGCGGAUGGACAUGAUUUACACCAUUGAAGACACUCCGCCCUGGUACCUGUGUGUGUUCCUGGGAUUACAGCACUACCUGACCUGCUUCAGUGGGACGAUCGCCGUGCCCUUCCUGCUCGCUGAUGCCAUGUGCGUUGGGUUCGAUCAGUGGGCCACCAGUCAGCUCAUAGGGACCAUCUUCUUCUGUGUGGGCAUCACCACCCUGCUACAGACUACCCUGGGCUGCAGCCGCCUCGUCCACCGUCGGCCUCACCACCGGCCUCACCGCCGCUCCUGACUCUGCCCUGAAUUACACCGUCAACUCCAUUGUUUUUAGGCCGUAAGGUGAACCACGGUUCGACACGCGAUCGUGCUACACCAAUCGAGUAGCUGGUUGAUGUCAACACUUCCGGCAACACGGCUUCCUCC